AAGUGAAACAUCGACUACGGACGCGACCACCAAGCCCAUGACGAGCCCUACGACAACGAUGUUAGACACAACGGCAUAUGAAGAAACCACCACCUCCAAGUCAACAGAAUCAUCGACUACGGAAUCGACUACCAAGCCCGGGAUGGGCCCUACGACCACGAUGUCAGACACAACAUCAUCGCAAGAAACCUCCACCACCAAGUCAAGUGAAUCAUUAACUACGGACGCGACCACCAAACCGAGCCCUACGACAACGAUUUCAGACACAACGGCAUAUGAAGAAACCACCACCUCCAAGUCAACAGAAGCAUUGACUACGGAAUCGACUACCAAGCCCGGGAUAGGCCCCACGACCACGAUGUCAUACACAACGUCAUCUCAAGAAACCUCCACCACCAAGUCAAGUGAAUCAUUGACUACGGACGCGACCACCAAACCCAUGACGAGCCCUACGACAAUGAUGUCAGACACAACGGCAUCGCAAGAAACCACCACCUCCACCACAAAUACAUGCCUGGAUGAUCCUAGAGGAGUGAACUACAGAGGAAACUUAUCUCAGACCAUCAACGGUCGUACUUGUCAAGCGUGGACCUCUCAAGAUCCCCAUGAACACACUAUCACUCCAGCUAACUAUCCUAACGCGGGACUAGACGGAAGCUAUUGCAGAAACCCCGAUGGAGGUGUCACUGCUUGGUGUUACACCACCAAUCCUGGGAUAAGACGGGAGUAUUGUGCUGUAGGUUACCUUGACCCGAGAUGCCAAGAAUAAACUCCGAUUCCAACUACUAUGAGCGUACCCACAACAGCGAUACCUGUAUACCUGGAUCCAGUCGUAUCUCUAACCCUUGCUGGUAAACAUUGAUUUUGUCUUUGUUGUUGUUGUUGUUGUGGUGGUGGUUGUUGCUGUGUUGCAAUUUUGUUUUUUAGAGGGGGCAAAUCUCAAGAUACGUGUUUAGAUGGUUAUCAUGCUCUCAUUGUCACGUAUAUUCAUUUGGCAGUUACAUCAUCUUGCCUGCAUAAACUCGAAGGUGACAUCGCGUAAAUGGUUUAUUAACCUCAAAAACUAAAUAACUCAAAGCUCAUAAGAAAACGUGCUGGCUAAUACCAAGGUGAACAGUAGACCUAGAGUGUUUAUGAUAAUUAGAAAAGCAUUCAAAGACAAACAUUUGUAUACAAUUGCCAAGU